AUGGAUCGUGGGUCUAUUCUUCUCCUCUGUAGUCUUUGCCUUUGUGUAUCAGCAGCCAUGGCAGAAGAAGCAACAAAUCACUCGGGAGUUUAUAAUGUGGAAAAGUAUGGCGCCAGAGGCGACGGGAAGCACGACGAUACUAAGGCAUUUGCGGCAGCUUGGGUUGCGGCCUGCGCGGAUUCCGGGAGUCCAACUUUUGAGAUUCCCCGCCGGAUUUACUUGGUGGGACCCCUCCGGCUGGUGGGACCAUGCAGCAACACCGGCACUUUCACCUUGAAAGUGCAUGGCGUGGUGAAGGCGUCGACGGACAUGAGUCUGUUCAAGACGCAGGAGUGGAUCCUCUUUGCUUACCUCAAGUACCUUAAGGUGACCGGAACAGGGACCUUCGAUGGGCAAGGAGCAGCUGCCUGGCCUCUCAAUCAGUGUCAUUUCCAGAAAAUGUGCAAACUAUUACCCGUUUCCUUCAAGUUUGCCUUCAUGGAGAAUACGAGAGUUGAGGGAAUAACUUCACUGAACCCAAAGUUCUUUCAUGUGGCUCUAUUGAACAACACCAAUUUCAGAAUUCAGCGUGUCACUCUUACUGCACCACAAGACAGCCCCAACACUGAUGGCAUUCACCUUGAGGGCUGCACGGGCGUCAAGAUCUUGCAGUGCAAAAUCGGAACCGGAGAUGAUUGCAUUUCAGUUGGACAAGGCAAUACUGAUGUCUACAUCAAUGGCAUUCUUUGCGGCCCGGGUCAUGGAAUCAGUGUGGGCAGCUUGGGUAGGUACCCAGAUGAGAAAGAUGUCAAUGGGCUGGUGGUCACAGGCUGCACGCUCACAAACACCACCAAUGGCAUUAGAAUCAAGUCAUGGCAGGCAUCUCCACUCGUCACCUCCGCCAGGAACAUGACUUUUGACAACGUCAUCGCCUACAAUGUUGCCAACCCAAUCAUCAUCGACCAGAACUACUGCCCCUACAAAAAUGGAUGCCCACAACUGUGGCCAUCAGGUGUUAAGUUGAGUAACAUCAAAUUUAACAACUUCAGAGGGACAUCGACCACACCAGUGGCAGUGAAGCUGCAGUGCAGUGCAAGAUAUCCAUGCAAAAAGAUUAAAAUUCAAGAUAUUAACCUCAGCUACAAGGGAGAAGAACCUGCAGUCUCUGCUUGUGCUAAUGUGAUGAAAGCCUCAUAUAAGGGCAAGCAAGUUCCUCCUCCAUGCCAGUGA